AUUGAAAAAAAGGAAAAAGAUAUUUUCAACAACAACAAUUAAAAUAAAAAUGCAGUUGCAAACCCAAUCGCUGUGGCCGUGUAGAUUUGUAGGCAACAACAACACCAGAAUCAGAACAACACUUCCAAACAACAAGAGAAGAACUUCGAAGUCACUGCGACUCAGAGCAAUGCGAGCGGUGGUUCAGCGCGUGGCCUCUGCAUCCGUCGAAGUCGAAGGCCGCAUCGUAUCGGAAAUCGGUCCCGGCCUUCUCGUUCUCGUCGGAAUUCACGAUUCCGACUCCGAUGCCGAUGCUGAUUACAUAUGUCGAAAGGUGUUGAACAUGAGGUUAUUUACAAAUGAAGAUAGUGGCAAAGCAUGGGAUCACAGUGUCAUGCAGAAAAAUUAUCAAGUCUUACUUGUGAGUCAGUUUACGUUGUAUGGAAUCUUGAAGGGUAACAAGCCAGACUUCCACGUUGCAAUGGCGCCUCAAAGAGCCAAGCCCUUCUAUGCAUCUAUAGUCGACAAGUUUAGGAAUGCUUAUAACUCUGAUGCAAUCAAGGAUGGUGUAUUUGGAGCUAAGAUGAAGGUAAGUUUGGUUAAUGAUGGACCGGUUACCAUGCAGCUUGAUUCACAGUCAUCCAAAAAUACAGUUGCUGAAGCUGAAUGUUGAUUGGAGGUUGAUCUGACUUGAUGAGCAUGAAUUUGAAUUCUGACCAUUUUGUCAACAAGACCACAUGUAAGACAUUAUUUUUAGUGUAUUCUACUUGAAGCUUUUUGUUACUGAUGUAGUAAAAUUAUCAUUUCAUAAGCUCAAAGAAUGGUUAUGUUUGUCUUUUUCCGUUCUGGGAGCGUGGAACAGUGUCGGUUGUUAUAACUUAUGUGCCCUUGGAGAACCAGAGAAAAGGGUGUCUAUAAUUAUUUAAUUAUCAUUCUUUUUGCAUAUUCUGGAUAAUUGUCUGUUACCCUGUCUGAUGGUCUAUUGAUCUUAUGCCGUGUUAUACUGAUAACAUGAUUUGGCAUCACUGUAGAUUGUUCACACUGUAGGCCAAGAGCUAUAUGCAUUUCCCCAGAGCUAAAAACACGCCAUUAUGAUUAAAUGAUGUUCCAUAUCAAUGUCUGGAACAAACUUAGCAUCUAGUAACCAACUUUAUGAUAAAAAAACCUUAAUGAUAGUGAGAACGGAAGAAAAGAGGCUAAGUUGUUUGCACUGAAGUCGAGUCAUCAUAACAACUAAGUGGCCAUUUCAUAUCCCUUACAUCCCUAGAAUAUCAAGCCAGAAGCCCCAUUUAUUAACUUCUCCUUAUGAUUAGAAUUUAGAAGUGCUCAAAAAGGAAAUGCUUAUUAUGCUCUUAUUUUAUGUAUUACUGUUUAAGGGGCUUUUUGCUUGGUUUGGGUCUCGAAAUGACCAUUAGGAUCCCAACAUAGAAGUUAAAUUUAUAACCAUGUGGUGACUAAGAUUCGGGGUUUCAAUAGUUUCAACAUGAAAGAUAGUUCAUGACGAAUUUGCUAAAUACCUAUGAUUUUCCCAUAACAAAAACAAAACGAUACUCAGUAAUCAUAUCCAAAAGUUUCAAAUCAGUAGCAAGCUAAAGAUUAUUCAAUAAAAGAAAAAACUAAAGAGGAAGAAAAAGAGAGACUAGUUGAACAAGUAAGGAUUCUUAAGCAUGUUAAGUACACCAACACGGUUCAAUUAGUUAAUCAUUAAACAUAAUCCUAUAAUUUAUAGCAAUAGAGGAAUUCAUCAUCCAGUUAAGCUGAAUUGAAAUCAAAGUAACUUAAAACUUUAGAAUAGAGGAAUCACAUCAGAUCAAACUCAUAAAUUAGAAUGAACGAAACCUACAUCAAACUCACAUAUGGCGCGUGUGACAUGUGUUGUUUCAACUUUGAGUUUGAACAACUUUGAUUUAAGAAAGGAUUUGAACGAAGAUCAACACUGUGUGUGUAUGUGUGGCUCGUGGUUUAGAUUUCAAAGCAGAGGUGGAAGAUAUGGGAACAACACGCUUGGUGGUUUGUGCUUUCUUGCUAUUAUUUUGGAAGUGUUUUCUUGUUUUAUUAUUGUUUUAACUUCAAGAAAAAAAAUUAAAGAAUGUUAUUCAAAAAAGAAAGCAAAGAUUAAAAAAAAUGAAAGUAUAUUUUGUUAAUUAUUUAAUUUGUCUUAGCAAAUAGUACUCCUUCCGUUUUUUAUUAUAACUCGUUUUAGAUUUUUCACACAGAUUAAAAAAUAU